GCAUGCAAAGAUGGGCAGUAUAGCUACUACACCUAAAGCGACAACAGAGUUCAAUCUCAACAAUUAUAAGUAACGACACAUUAUUUUUGUGUAAAAAGUAUAAAACCAUGUACCACAAGAGGGUUUCCGUUACAAGUCAAUAUAUAACGGCUGCACUUGCUCGGUGAGUUCGUUAUUAAUGGACAUUCGUUUUCCACAUUUGUUUUGCUCCAUUGUUGCCAAAGUAAUUUAAUUUUAUAAAAUGCAUUUCGUAUUAUCAAGUAGACCGACGUAUUUUCUAUGUCACCAUGGCUCAGCACAUAUUUAAAACUGAGUUCAAAGUAAAAAGAAUCACGCGGGAUUGGAAACAGGAUUAACAGUUGGACAGUAAUAAUAAGCAUGAAUAACUAUGACGAUUCCAAACUUCAUUCUGGGAUUUACACACUAUUGUGUCAGUUCACAAUGACUAAGCACUGGCUUUCACGUCCCUCCUAUUAGUUCAACUACGGCGUUGGUCAGGGUGUUGGCUUCCUGGUUAUGGAGAUAUUAAAACUGCGAGCGUCUUUUCUUGCUCUUGGCCGAUCGCUAUCAUAUUCUCGUAGACUCUUCAGCAGGAGCAUGGCCUCUGAAUCCGUCACCCGCUAUGAUUUCCUGGUAUUAGGCGGCGGAUCUGGAGGGCUGGCCGGUGCGCGGCGGGCGGCUGAACUCGGCGCCACUGCUGCCGUGAUCGAAAGUCACAGAUUCGGAGGUACCUGCGUUAAUGUUGGUUGUGUUCCUAAAAAGGUCAUGUGGAAUGCAUCCUCCCAUGCUGAGUAUCUCCAUGACCAUGAAGACUACGGCUUUGAAGGCGCAAAAGCACAUUUCAGCUGGCAAUUAAUUAAACGGAAAAGGGAUGAUUACGUUAGUCGCCUCAAUCACAUUUAUCGGAACAACCUUGACAAGGCCAAAAUUGAGUCUAUUCAUGGCUAUGCAAGGUUCACUGAUGAUCCUGAACCCACCCUUGAAGUCAAUGGAAAGAAGUACACGGCACCCCAUAUUUUAAUCGCCACUGGCGGCCACCCGUCCACUGUCAGUGACGAUGAUGUGCCAGGAGCCAGUUUAGGCAUUACCAGUGAUGGAUUCUUUGAACUUGAGUCUUGCCCUAAACGUAGUGUCAUAGUUGGGGCAGGGUAUAUUGCUGUGGAGAUGGCUGGUAUCCUUUCCACUCUGGGGUCCAAAACGUCUAUCAUCAUUCGACAAGACGGGGUAUUAAGGAACUUCGAUGCCUUGAUAAGCUCAAAUUGCACUAAAGAAUUGCAAAAUCAUGGUAUUGACUUACGGAAGAAUACUCAGGUGAAGUCAGUAAAGAAGACUGACAAAGGCCUCAUGGUUACGCUGUUGACAAAAAACCCUGACGACAAGGAUUCACAGGAGAAGUAUGACGCCAUCCAUGAGGUGGACUGUCUGCUCUGGGCCAUUGGCAGGGAGCCCAACACAGCUGGACUCAACCUCAGUCAAAUAGGUGUGAAGCUGGAUGAAAGAGGACAUAUUGUGGUGGACGAGUUCCAGAACACCACUCGACCGGGCAUAUACGCAGUUGGGGAUGUUUGUGGGAGAGCUCUCCUUACACCUGUCGCUAUUGCUGCUGGCAGAAAGCUUGCUCACCGAUUGUUUGAAGGCAGUGAAGAUGCCAAAAUCGAUUAUAAUAACAUCCCUACGGUUGUGUUCAGCCAUCCACCAAUUGGCACAGUGGGACUAACUGAAGAUGAAGCAAUCAAGAGCUGGGGAAAGGACAAUGUGAAGGUUUAUACCACCUCUUUCACUCCAAUGUAUUAUGCCAUGACCACUAGAAAGAGUCAGUGCAUCAUGAAGCUGGUGUGUGCAGACAAAGAUGAGAAGGUGGUUGGUCUCCAUAUGCAGGGUUUUGGCUGUGAUGAGAUGCUUCAGGGUUUUGCUGUGGCCAUCAACAUGGGGGCAACUAAAGCAGACUUUGACAAAACUAUUGCCAUCCACCCCACAUCAUCAGAGGAGCUGGUUACAUUGCGCUAAUCACAAUCUAUAUCCCAACAUACCAUUGUUCCAAUGCAAACAAAAAAAAUAAAACUUCUCUGAUUGUUUUCCCAACAUCUACAUAUAGCAGUAUUUUACAAUGACAGUGAGCAUAUACAGGGUUUGUUAUGUCUCCUAGAGUUGUGCGCUAUUGCCAGUGAUUGAUAAAGAUAAAUCUAAACAAUAAUCUACUGACUACAUUGUUGGACCCUUAUCACUCAAAAGUUUAUAUAAAAAUUUUCAAACAUUGUUGCUUACAUUUCUAAAAAAAAGUAAAUUCAGUUGUGGAAAAACAAAUGAGAGUUGCAUUCAAUAGUAAUGGGUAGUAGAUAGCUCCAUAUAAAUGUCCUGUGGGGUUCAAAAGUCCACUUGUGAAAAUGCUUAUAUUUUACUUUAUAUAUAAUUUUUUUUACUACAAAUUAUAUUAUCAGGAAAAGAAUGAGUGAAACGUUUAAUUAAACCAUUUAUUUGUAUGUCCAUUUGCUAUGUCCCCCAUAUACUGGCAGCAUGCUUGCAAAAUUUCACUCCACAAGCUUGCACAAAAACUGAUGAUUUAUGUUAUCCCACCAUGAUUUGAUAAUGUUCCAAAGAGCAGCUUGUGUUAAUCUGAAGGUCACAAAUUUGUGACCUACAAUUAGUGCAGAAUAGUAUAUAUUUCUCAAAAUCUAUUUUAUGUUACAACAUUUGUUUAACAUUUCUCAAAAUCCUUUAUUUCAGGGUUGAAAUUAGAUUUUGGACCACAUAUUUUCAGGGUGGACAAUGUGAACCCCACCAUAUGUCAAAUAAAAUUGGCUAUAUACAGUUCAGCACUUGUGCAUAAUCCCUGAAUUCUGUAGUCCCUGAAGUCUUUGUGUGAUUAAUAGUUUGUUGAAUUGAUCAAAUAUACUUUUAAUAAAC